GAAAGCCUUUUGGUCUGACAGGUCAUCUAUUCACAUGCAUGUUGGAUUGACGCGAGUCUAUUGCGCCAGACAUCGUGCAAGAAUGAGUAAUCCAGGCACAUCCGAAUUUGUUCUUUGUGGCGUGACGCCGCUGUACUUACAACGAAUUCGCCCAACUUGUAUAUCUGACAUAAGCGUGAGGAUUCAAGGUAUAAGAGGGGCGGUUCCAUCGAACACCUCCCUUCAUAGUCCUACUUUGAUUCAACCUCUUUACUCGUUUAAUCAUGUCUAGUGACAAGAAGAUUAUUGCUGUCAUCGGAAGCACUGGAGUGCAAGGAGGCAGCGUAGUUCGUUCUCUCCUAGCGGACGGGACCUUUGCCAUUCGAGCCCUUACUCGCAACGUAAACGGAGACGCAGCCACGAAGCUCAAAGCGGCCGGAGUCGAGGUCGUUUCUGCCGAUCUCGAGGAUGUCGAGUCGCUUAAAAAGGCCUUCAGAGGCGCAUACGGCGUUUUUGGUGUUACUGCAGACGCCACUCUGUUUCUUGGUGUCGAGAAGUAUAAUCAUGCCGGAGCCCGCGAUCAUGAGACCCAACAUGGGAAGAAUAUCGUUGACGCAUCCGAAGCGGAAGGAAUCAAGCAUCUGGUUUGGAGCACGCUGGAAAACACUUCGCCCUCCGGCGUCCACGUAUAUCACUUCGUCAGUAAAGCUAAUGUGGACAAAUACAUCCAGACGAAGGAGGUCCCCACGACAUUCCUGUUUACGUCUCCCUAUUUCAGCAACAUAACGAAGUUUGGGUGGUUGAAAAAGGAUGGAGACACCAUCAAUGUUAAAGCCCCACUUCCUUACGACGUACCAAUUCCUUUUUAUGAUCCGACCGAGACUGGAGAAUGGGUCAAGAAUAUCCUCAAAAACCCAGAUGAAUGGAUUGGCAAGAGAGUUGACGCUUAUGGAAGUACGAAUACAGCAGAGGAAAUUGCAGAGGUUCUAAAAGGGAAGACGACGAAAAAUGUCGUUCUGAACAAAGUCACGAGCGAGCAGUUCCACAGUAAAGAGUUUCACGAUGCACUUGGGGAUGGGUUAUGGUUGAACAACAAGUUCAUUGUCGAAGGAGGAUUGAUCCGAGAUGCGGAACUCUCGAAGCGAGCCAACCCGAAUGCUGCUAACUUUGAGCAAUAUGUCGAGAGGGAUGAGGCCAUCAAAGCCAUACUUUCUUAGUGAGCUUAGUACGCAUGAUGGCACGAGUAUUGGAACGGUUCACUGUUAGUUGUCGGGAAACUCUACUCCAGGCUCGGAAUG